CCCAUAUUGUGACUGUCGUUUCGUUUGAGGGGGGAGGGAGGGGGGUCAGGCCCGAAACUCACGGUCUUCGUUUCGGGGGCUUCUGCGAACUUUUGCGAUGGUCCCUAAGUAGUUUGUUGCGAGACAGUCGACAGAAGAUAAAUGUAGCAAGCCGUCCAAGGCACUUUGUUUUCAUCGCAGCUGUCUUUGUCUGACUGUAGACAGACAGAUUUCCCUUCUUCAAUCCGCCGAGUGCUUUGCGUAAUUUUCUUAGUCGACAUGCAGUCUGCCGCUCCAACGCUGCCGGUCCGGCAAUACAAGGAUGAGCUUCAAUUUAUUGAAAGGCUUUCCCCUCACUCCUUUCGCAUCAAGAAGGGCUUCGUACCGAAUAUGCAGGUUGAGGGUAUAUUUUACGUCAACAGCCAUCUGGAGAAUCUGAUGAUGGAGGAGCUGAGACACAGUUGUCAGAGCAGAGGUAUUGGUGGCUUUCUGCCUGGCGUGAAGCAAAUAGCAAAUGUUGCAUCUCUUCCUGGUAUUGUUGGGAGGUCCAUUGGCCUGCCAGACGUGCACUCCGGCUAUGGUUUCGCCAUUGGUAACAUGGCGGCUUUCGACAUGUCAAAUCCAGAAGCUGUGGUGUCACCCGGCGGCGUCGGCUUUGAUAUUAACUGCGGUGUGCGCUUGCUGCGCACCAAUCUCUCUGAGAAGGACGUGGCACCCGUCAAAGAUCAACUAGCACAGACACUCUUCAAUCACAUCCCGGUCGGAGUGGGUUCGAAAGGUGUCAUUCCCAUGACAGCAACAAACCUUGAAGAGGCACUGGAGAUGGGAAUGGACUGGUCGCUGCGAGAAGGCUAUGCUUGGGCUGAAGACAAAGAGCAUUGCGAAGAGUAUGGUCGCAUGCUGCAGGCCAAUCCCAACAAAGUCAGCAGCCGUGCCAAGAAGCGUGGUCUACCCCAGCUUGGAACACUGGGGGCUGGCAAUCACUAUGCUGAAAUCCAAGUCGUCGACAAGAUCUAUGAUCAGCACGCAGCUCGCAAGAUGGGCGUGGACCACACCGGACAAGUGUGCGUAAUGAUACACAGUGGCAGUCGUGGUCUUGGACAUCAAGUAGCUACAGAUGCGCUGGUAUCCAUGGAACGUGCCAUGAAGCGUGAUAACAUAAUUGUGAACGAUCGACAGCUCGCCUGUGCUCGUAUCAGCUCUGUUGAAGGUCAGGACUAUCUCCAGGGCAUGGCUGCCGCAGCUAACUACGCCUGGGUGAACCGCUCAUCCAUGACAUUCCUUGCACGUCAGGCAUUUGCCAAGACAUUCCAGUCGACACCCGAUGACUUGGAUAUGCAGGUGAUCUAUGAUGUGUCGCACAAUAUUGCCAAAGUCGAAGAGCACUACAUAGAUGGCAAACAGAAACAACUGCUCGUCCAUCGUAAGGGAUCGACGCGAGCUUUCCCACCUCACCAUCCGCUGAUCCCGGUUGAUUAUCAGCUUACUGGUCAGCCAGUGCUGAUUGGUGGAACUAUGGGAACCUGCAGUUAUGUGCUUACAGGCACGGAGCAGGGCAUGCAGGAAACAUUUGGUACAACAUGUCAUGGAGCUGGUCGUGCACUGUCCAGAUCUAAGUCAAGGCGUAACCUAAACUACGAAGAUGUCCUGGAGGAUCUAUCCAAGAAGGGCAUUUCCAUUCGUGUAGCCAGUCCGAAACUUGUCAUGGAGGAGGCUCCCGAGUCAUACAAGAAUGUCACUGAUGUCGUAGAAACCUGCCAUGCUGCCGGCAUCAGCAAGAUGGCAAUCAAGCUUCGACCCGUCGCUGUUAUCAAGGGCUAGUGCUGCUCGUGUUCGCACAGGUGUGUGGCUGUGAGUAUGUGUGUGUAUGAUUGUGUGGCUGUGAGAUUGUGUGGCUGUGAGUACUAUUGCUGGCGUUACUCUGCCGACACACUAGUCGGCUGUAUGCACGCACACACUCUGGGCUAGCCACACUCCGUGACCGUGCACACGAUUCAGCCAGCAUUAUGACAACGGAGUACGAUGAGGCGCUUGCACGUCCAAACAUCAUACAUACCCUGUGUCCAUGAGAGCGGGCUAUGACCAACGGGCUGUGCCCACUGCGAAUUACCAGUAGUAGUGCUGCAAUGUGUGGUCUUGACAGGCGCCACCACCACCCUCCAUUCUUACCGCGCGGAGGCUGCGGCAUCUUCUACUGUCCGCGAGCCAUUGAGUGCUAGUCUUGCUUCUCAUUAGCGGUGGUGUCAUCAUCACUACUGACUACUGGGCUACUGCUGCUGCUGAUAGUGAUGUGCUGAUCAUGUCUCCUCGUUGUAGCCACACGGCUCAGUACUCCCAUCAGACCCGCUGAUACCAUUCUCAGGUAUUCCCUGUUCACAGAGCAGGAUGCCUUACGUGUAUAAGCUCUUUUUGGCUUAGCUUCCAUGCUGGUUUGUGCAAGGAAUUGUUGAGUUGUUGACUUGCAGAGAAAAGUAUAUUUCUGAAAGUCUUCAUUUAAUCUUCAGGCAUCGCUUCUAACCUUAUCUAUGCACGGUUCUGGAGAAAUAAACCUGAACAAAACAUGCAGAGCUGCAUGGCCAUUUUAUAAUUCUUUCUACUCAUCCCAUUUAGAUUUAUCUGCAAGUGGUACGCCCACCAAGCUGUUGACUUCCCAUGCACUGCUGAAUCGUCUUAGCGCUCGUUUGUUCCGUUUUGCUGCACCACCGACUCUCCUCCUUAUUUAUGUACAUCAUGUGAAGUGUUGGGUUUUGCUGAUAUUUAAAAAAAAUUGUGCACGAGUUUCAA